GCACCGCCGCCGCCGCCGCCAUGGAGCGGCGCGUGGCGGAGCAGCUCCGCAGCGCGCUGAGCCCGUUCGGCCUCGAGGCGCACGCCUUCAAGGUUGGGUGGUACAAUGCUGUUCUGCAGCCAGGCUUCCACCUCCCCUACCCAGAUGACACACUGGCCUUCGUGGUCCUCAGCACACCGUCCAUGUUCGACAAGGCCCUUAAGCCUUUUGUGAAAAAAGAACGAUUAAAAAUAAUCAGGGAUCCUGUGGAUCAGUGUGUUUCCCAUCAUUUACUACGUGUGAAGGAGAAAUUCCCUGACCAGAGGGUGGAUGUCAUGUUUGACUACGAGAUGCUGCCGAGCCGAAAGCCCAAGUUCCUGGCACAGACAGCUGCCCACGUUGCUGGAGCUGCAUAUUACUACCAAAGGAAGGAUGUGAAGCUCGAUCCUUGGGGGAAAAAGAAGAUCUUUGGCGUUUGUAUCCAUCCCAAGUACGGCGGCUGGUUUGCUAUCCGGGGGCUCCUGCUCUUCCCAGACAUUCAGGUGCCGUUCCUGGAACAGCCUGCCCCUGUUGACUGUGUGAGCACGGAGAAGAAAAGGAUUGAGCUGCUGGAGCAGUUCAAUUUCCACUGGCAGGACUGGCGCUACAGGGACAUCAUUGAAGUGAAGGAAAGGUACUCGGAGGAGCAAAAAGCCUAUUUUGCCACUCCUCCAGCCGAGAGAUUCCGGCUGCUGGGGCUCUCACAGGAAGCCCAGAGAAUCACAUUUCACUGAGAAACCGGCGCGGUGGAGGGCAGAGGGCAGCAAAGGGUAACUCAUGAGCACCGGCGGAGAAGGAGAAGAAGGAGGAGGAGGAGGAGGAGGAUGGUUAUGUUGGUACAGACGUGGCAAAUCCGAGCAGCCUCAAUGCAGACAUUGCAAUCAAAGCUUCCCAGAGAGAGGGGCACUGCUCCGCGGUCUGGGGGAGCUGGGAGCUGUCUGCUCUGUGCUGCUGCUGAUCUGGGGUGUCCUUCGGGGAGUCCAGUAAAAUGCCAUUAGCCUUUGGUUGGGAGUAGUUUAGAAAUCCUGGCAACUUCAAAAUCGGUGCUGGGCAUUAGAGAAAUCACUUUUGUUCUCAAUCAUUUUCUUUCCGAAUGUUCUGUUUUUGUUCUUUGUAUGUGUAAAAAAAAAUUUAGCCAUUGUACUACUUAGUUGGAUUUUGGCUAAACUUGGGGCAGGUACUUUUUUAGAUGUAGCCAACAUUUUAUUAUCCUGUAUUAUGACUUUCCCUAGGGAACAGAUGUCCAGUCUUCACAGUCUUGCCUAGGUCACAUUUAAGCAUUUAUCCAUUCAUAAAGCUGACUGGAAUAUUUGGAAAGAUGCUGAGUAAUGUCCAUAUGAUUGGAGGUUUUACUCACGUUAAGAUAACUGACUGAAAAAGGCAGUGGCCUUUUUUUUUCCAGGUAGACCACAUUUGUGUUAAAAGUAUUUUUCAGUGCCAGCACACAGCACGCCCCCACAGGUACUGCCAGUUUCCUGGUGUGCUUUCUGUGUGGCAAGGAUUGUAAACCUGCACACACGUAAGAGCCAUGGCACAAGGCCUUGUCAUAUGCACAGGCAAACAAGCACAGAAGAAAGGGAAACAUUAAUGGCAUUCAUGUUACUUAUAUUGCUGCAUAAAACAUGUUCAGACAGAAACAUUUUUUACAUGACUUUGUCCUGUUACAUUUGUUCAGAGAUUGCAAUGCACCUGGAAAUCAGGAAUUAAUUUAUCUUUGAGCAAUUUGAGGCUCAGAUCUCGUUAAAGUAAUAUAAUACAUUAAAAUAAUAUUUUGUGGGAGUUGUUUGACUAGACUGCAGUGCAAUGCUGCAGAUGGACAGACACUACUUUCCUUUUGAUGGUAUCAACAUGAUGAAGAAAUACUCACUUUGCAGAACUGAGCCCUUUCUUUUUAUGUUGGGAUUCUUCAAAGCUUUUGGAGACCCCACCACAAAGGUUGCCCUUACCAUUGUUCACUGCUUGAUAGUCUGUACACUAACUCAUUGUAAUCCAAAUUCAGGAUAACAAGUUUGCUUCCCUGUAAACAGAGUGGUGAGUGUGUGAUCACUGGGUUUGUUCACUGCAUUUACUGUUACAAAAAAGUCUUUGUUGCUUUCCAUGCUUUGUUCAUUUCUGACUAAGGCAGACACCUGACUUAGAAUGUGAUAGAGGUAUUGUGAUGUUUAAUUAAUUGAAAGAAUGAAAUUUGUUUAAAAUCAGUUCGUUACAGAAAUGCUUCUGGUUCAAAUUUGAUGUUUCAGAACUUUUAAACUGAACUGUAAUUUAACAGGGGCUUGAGGUAAUGGCUCAUACUAGUAACAAAGACAAAAUACUGACCUCUUAGAAGGAUUAAUAUAGAUCUAAAUCAAAUCUAUCUUUUUAUAUUACAUUUUAAAGUAAAUUAUUUUGAUUUUUUGGUAUUGAUUUCUUAAAAAUAUUUAAUAUUUUGUCUUAAUUUAUUAAACAGAUUACCAUGGUCAUUGCAUUUCAAUUUCUGUAAUUUAUUUCUCUUCAAAUGGUAUUUUGGUUACUAAAUAUACAAAGCUCUAAGUAAA